AUGUCGACGGCGAUUCUGAGCGAUGACAUUGUUCUUUCGCCCCAGCAGGAGAAGCAAGCCGAGCGAGAGCAAGAGCGUGUCUUUGACCUUCUCGGCGUGCCGAUUCUCGAGAAUGCGCUGCAAGGCUUCAACGCGUGUAUCUUUGCCUAUGGCCAAACAAGCAGUGGGAAGACGUACACCAUGCUCGGGACCAAGCGCCACUGGGGCGUCACACCGCGCCUUGCUGCACUCCCUUUUUCCAGCGGCUCGGCAGCAACGGCAACGGUGGCGGUGGUGGUCGGUCAGACAGUCCUGUCUCUCUUCCGCCCGUUAACGGCGCCGCACGCAAAGGGAAUCGAAACGGCAGCGCAGGUGUCAGCCGAGACUCCUCGCCGUCGCCCUCGCAAGGCCUCUCUUCGCACCGCUCGACGUCUGGUCGGCCGCGUUCACAGUACGCGGAUUUUCCUCAAGCGACGCCGAGACGUCGACAACCGGACCGCCCAAGGUGCGCGACUUGCUGAAGCAGCGACCAAAGAAUGCGAUUCUGCACUACAACAGCCGAUUCGACGUCAAGGACGUGCACUACAACGAGUACCAAACCCUCAGGUUCGCCAGCACCCCGAGCACGGGCUGUUCGUGGAGGGUCUCACGUCGGUGCGGGUGAACUCGUGGAGUGCAUGCGAGCGUUACCUGAAGGAGGGCAGCAUUCUGCGUACGCAGGCGGCGACGUCCAUGAAUGAGACCUCCAGCCGCUCCCACGCCAUCUUUCAGGUGACCAUCACGCAGGUGGAGCAGCUGGGUGGACGGGAGAACCUCAACGAAACCGCGUCCACGCUGCGCUACGCCGCGUUGGCACGGGGGGUGCGCAACCGCGUGAAAAUCAACGAGGACCCCUCUGCCCGCGUCAUCCACGAACUGCAGAACCGUAUUUUCAGCCUGCAAGACGAGCUUGCCCUGGCCCCCUCUCCCCGACGAGUCGCGGAGUUAGAGCUGGAUCUGGAGGAGAACGCCGCGGCCCUCUCGGAGCUACAGGAGAGGCACCAAAGCGCUGCACAGGCGCUGAACGCGAAAAAGGAGCGAGAGUGCGAACUGCUUUCGCAGCUGAAGCAGCAGCAGGAGCAAGAAGCGAGGUGGCGCCGGGAGGUGGAGCGCGAGAGAAGAGAAGGCGUAUCUGCAGGACAUGGUUCGUCGCUUGCAGGAGGAGAACAAGUCCCUCGCGAAGACCGCCGUGGACUACAAAAAGAGAAGGAAAACAGCAGCAGCGGUUCGAUCACCGCGGUGACGGCCAGCGGGCUCUCUCCUCGCGCACGCGCUGGUGAAGGCGUCAGCGCCGGACCCUCCGUAUCCCCACAUCGCCAGCCGCGGCGGCAGCAGCAGCAGCAGCAGCGGAUUCGAAAGGUGGCGGAGAACGUCUCGGCAGUGGACAGUCGGCGGGUUCCUUUUUCAGCCCCAGGCGCCGGCAGCGGGCGGGAGGCUGAGGUCAACGCGCGUCGGUUUUCUGUGGGUCACAAUGGACCGCUUUUACCUGCGCGACGGCAGCAGCAGCACCAACAAGAACCGCUCUUUCGCUAUCCUUCCUCUUCAUUGCGUUCCGAGGUUGACGGCAGCGAGGGCCACAGCGGCAGCCCGGCGGGGCUGGACGUGCAAGGAAAGAAGAAACAGAAGGGCGCUACCAAGUCGCUGACCUCGUCGGCAUCGGAGGACACGCCGUCUGCGGUCGAUGCGGAUGCGAAGAUGCUGCGGCCAUCCCCACCGUCGCCGCCCACAGAGUCAAGCCCACUGGCGUUAAUCCGUUCGCGCAUGAAGCUGCAGCAGCAGCAGCAGCAGCAACAACAACAACAACAACCGUUUUCUGUCGCUCCUGCGGCCGCACUCGACGACGGCACCGCCCUUUCCGGAAUGAUCCUCCACGCAUCGCCAAAGGCAGUCGUCGCGGCUGCGAGCGCCGCGCUACCAUCGAUUGCAGAACUGGACAAAGCGAAGGCAUCGAACGGCAGCAAAGGUCGCCACCACCCGCAGCGAGCCGACCUUCAAGGUGAAUUGCAAGAACAGCAGCAACAGCAGCAGCCGCUGAUUCACCACACGAGCGCAUGGCUUGCAGACGGGGGCCACCUGGGCGUUGAAGACGAGCCCAGCCUCUCCUGCAGCGUGGAUAGCAUUAGCCAGAAAUUGUGA